AUGGUGAUUCCUUCCCCCUCAAGCUUCCUUCGAUCUUACCAUGGCUUUCAGUUCCACUACCACUCAAUUGAUAUGAGUUCUCGCCGUCGCAAUGGCCAGCCAGCCUCAUGCGAGCCCUGUCGAAAAAACAAGGUGCGUUGUGACCAUGGACAGCCCUUCUGCGGACGAUGCCAGCAGCGAAACACAACCGAUCGUUGUUUUUACCAUCCAGCACCCUUGAGCCAAAAGAUAGGAAAUCCGGUUCCUCGAUCACGGACUCACCGAAAUGCCUGCGCUACAAAAGAGGCUGGUCGGAAGAAGAUGCCAAGGGCCGCAUCUCCCGCACCCUCCUCUGUCGAGAUCACUGUCAGGAGUCCAGGAACAGACCAUGCACUUCCAUCAGGCUACUUUGGGCCUACCAGUUGGGUGGCUGCAUUUGAGAACAGCCCAAGCACUGGCUUUUCGCCUUCGUAUGAUACCGCUGAACUACAGGCGGAAGAACCAAUACUGAGCUCCUCGCAUUUGCCCUCUUUCUGGGUACCAGAGGUCACUAAGCUGUUGACCCAUUUGGCACAUUACUCUACGAUUGAACAGCUUGUCCGUGAAUUAUAUUCCCUUACUCAAGCCUCUGUUGUCCCAAGACCUAUUAUUCUUGAAUCUAUAGCUACCAUGCGAGGCCUCAUUGAAGAGGGCGAUACGCCGCAAAUUUUACAUAGGAAGACGACCCAGGUUUUAGAAAAUACCGCACGCAAGUUUCACAUACCUCCGGGCACCAAAGGGAAAGAUUUCCACCAGUUGUUCACUGGCAGCCGCUUGCGCUUGGAAAUCGUCGCAACAGUAUAUGUUAUAGCUGCCCAGGCUAGCUUUUUUGGGUUUGCCCAUGAGAGGUUCUUCAAAGGGGUUGCCUGGUCAGUAUCUGCGGCUCGCAUCAAAUUUGCCCGAAAGAUGUUGGCAGCAAGCGACAUUGCCCUGCAGGUGUGUAGGAUCCUUAGCCCAGUCAACGAUUUGAUGAUCUGGCUGUUGUACGAGAGUUGGCAGCUCUGCUGUAUGGUGCUUGGAGAGUGCAGUUCUGCAACAUGGCACCGGGUCGGGGAAUUGUCGAGCUGCAUCUUUGAACUAGGUUUACAUCGAGAAUCUCACGUGUCCGAGGACAUGCCAUUCUUCCUACGAGAAAUACGACGGCGGGUUUUUGCGGGUUUCUAUCAACUAGACAAGAACCUGUCCACCUUUCUUGGGCGGCCUCCACACCUAUCUUGGAGGUAUUCGGACACCAAGCCGCCUCUAGAUAUUAGCGAUAUUGGUCUCCUUUCUGACGGAGCGGACCUAGAACAGGCUCUAGCCGAAUUAGACAAUGAUGGUUGGAACACACACAAGGUAUACCAAUUCACCUCAUGGUACCGGCAACGAUACAUGAUUAGCACGUUCCGAGAGGAGAUACUAGAGUUGUCUCUGCGGCCACUGAACUCUGACCUUGCGGAAAAGCUAAAAGAUGUCUCGCUGCGCUGCACCCAGACUUGGGCUUCCAUGCCAACUCGUCUACGCUAUUCGUCGACAGACUGGGACGAAAGCCUUCCCAUAGGCAUUCGCAUCAUGUUGGUUCUUGCAUACAUGGCUUAUCUAUAUAACAUUUUCCUUGUCCAAAGACUUCUUACUCAGCACGACCGCUCAGCCGAGCCUGCAUUGCUUGACGUGAGCUCAAGACUACUCUCAUCUGUCCUGCUGUUAGGCAGACAACAAGAGCCUAUGAUCGAUCUCCAACGUGACUUCAUCAGCGCCAUCGUCCUAUACGGCUUCUCCAGCGCAAGCAUUCUAAUAAAAGCCCUGCAAACCCAAGUCCGGACCGGACAACCACUUGCCUACACCGGCUCAAGAGCAGAACUCAUCCGCAACCUCAGCAUCUUCAUCUCCCAUAUAGAAUUACUGACGCGGCCAACGACAUUGAAUGUCAAUCAUGCAUUGUUCGAGCGCGCGGGGAAGAUGUUCACCAAUAUUCUCGACGAAGUCCUGGAAUCUCCUGUGCCAGUCCAGAGUGCUGUGACGGGGUCUGCUGAGGUUGAUAUGGGUGUAGGGGCCCCAGCGGGGGACGGUUGGAACGGGUCCUGGGCUGCGGAGGGUAUGGAGUUUUUGGAUACGUUGGACUUUGGGGUCAUGUUUGAUCAGGUCGUGUGUCCUGGGCACCUGUGGGAUCUGCGGGAGCACUCGCAGCAAAGUUGA